AUGUUUCGAUCUGCCUUACAAAGAGUAGUUUUACAAACCGCCCCUAAAAACUCAUUAACGGCGCUUCGUUCUAGUUUUUUCGCUCGUGGUUAUGCAAGCGCUCAAGAUAUAUCUACACUUCUUUUGGUCGAGCGUAGUGGUAAAUCAAUCGCUUCCUCUACCUUUAAUUCUCUCACUGCUGCUACUAAAUUAGGCGGUGAGGUAACCGCCCUUGUGGCAGGUGAAGAGCCAGACACUGUCGCUUCUGAAAUUUCAAAGAUCACCGGUAUAUCCAAGGUACUCGUAGCCAAACACAAACUUUACGAGCAUGGUCUUGCGGAAGUAUAUGCUCCGCUACUGGUUACUACUCAGAAAAAGUUUAAUUUUACUCAUUUGGUAGCUCCUCAUUCAGCAUUUGGCAAAAAUAUUAUGCCUCGUGUCGCUGCUUUACUAGACGUUGCACAAAUUGCUGAUAUAAUUGAUAUUGAAUCUCCUGACACUUUCAUUAGGCCGAUUUAUGCUGGAAAUGCUAUCUCUAAAGUAAAGUCAAAAGAUUCUCCAAAAAUUAUUACUGUCAGGGGAACCGCGUUUCCUCCAACCACUACUGAUGGUAAUAAUGUUGCUAUUGAAGCAGCACCAGAUGCUGAAAAACCUACCAUUACUGAAUGGAUCAGCGAAGAUCUUCAAAAAGGUGAUCGACCUGAACUUGGAAGUGCAACAAAAGUUGUGUCUGGGGGUAGAGCAUUGAAAAACCGGGAGAAUUUCGACAAAUUAAUUUAUGGUCUUGCUGAUGCACUUGGAGCUGCUGUUGGUGGAUCAAGAGCUGCGGUUGAUUCAGGUUAUUGCGAUAAUGCUUUACAGGUUGGACAAACAGGAAAAGUUGUCGCUCCAGAGUUAUAUGUGGCUGUCGGUAUUAGCGGUGCAAUCCAACAUAUAGCAGGAAUGAAAGAUAGUAAAACGAUAGUGGCAAUAAAUACCGAUCCUGAAGCACCAAUAUUUCAGCUUGCAGAUUACGGACUUGUUACUGAUUUAUUCAAAGCAGUUCCGGAGCUAACAGAGAAAUUGAAAAACUAA